CUAGACGGUGGUGCUACUGCCGCUGGGGGCGGUUCUUCCGCGCGGGGCGGCCCGACCUCGCCUCGGGCGGCAGCACCCUCUGCGGCCGCUCCAAGACACCCCGGGCGCCGCCAUCUUAGCCAGGACGGAAGCCGCGCGGGGACUUGUGGCGCGCGCGCAGCUCGUCAGACCCCGGAAGCUGGGCGCCGCACGGCGCGAGUCCGGGGCUCCUUCCUCGUGGCCGGCCCCACGAUGGCGCAGGAUCCGGGCCUACCCACCCCCGCGUCUCCCGGCUCUCAGACCCUGCUGGAUGCUCUGCUCCAGAACCUCUACGAUUUUGGAGAGACAGAAGAUGAAGCAGAACAGAAAAGGGUCAGAAAGAAGAGAGAAAGUAAGAAGAGAGAUAUGGGGACUCCAGCAGCCUCUGGGACAGAGCCAGCUCCCUUGCCUGAAGCUCUUGGAAGAGGCCAGAGGAAGAACGCUUCCACCUUCUUCAAGGAACUCAGAGAAGAGCUGCACAGGGCUCCUGCUGGGACCCCCAGUGACCUCCCUCCAGGACCUUUUGGCUCUGAUGCUGCAGAAUCCCCCUCCUCCCUGAAGAACAAGAGGGAGCCAGUGGAAGUGGUAGAAUUUCACAGCAGAAAUACAAAAAGAAAACAGAAGCCAGAUCAAGAUGAGCACAUAAAGACCAAAACUAGUAUCCUUGAGAAAGAUGUGAAUGUACAAGAAUUUAACUUGGAAAAGGCCCGUUUAGAAGUGCACCGAUUUGGGAUCACAGGUUACGGAAAAGGAAAGGAAAGAGUCCUGGAGCAGGAACGUGCCAUUAUGCUGGGCGCUAAGCCUCCCAAAAAUAGUUACGUCAAUUAUAAGGUUUUACAAGAGCAAAUCAAGGAAAAAAAGGCAGCAAAGGAAGAAGAAAAGAGAAUGGCCCAGGAAACAGAUAUUUUCAAGAGAAAGAAGAGGAAAGGGCAGGAAGACAGGAAAUCCAAAAAGAAGAAAUCAGCUCCCAGUAUUUUGUCAAGUGGACGGAUUGGACAGGUUGGAAAAUUCAAAAAUGGGACAUUGAUUUUGAGCCAAGUUGAUAUCAAGAAAAUAAAUUCUUCCAGAGUGGCCAAAUGAAAUAUUUUAUAAAGAGCAAAAUGGGAAAGUGCCACUGUCCUGGAACUGGACCCCAACAGGACUUCCAGAUUGUUCUUAUUUCAGAGACUGCUUUUUUUUUUUUUUUUUUUUUUUUUUUUUUGUCUUUUUGUCUUUUUGCUAUUUCUUUGGCCGCUCCCGUGGCAUAUGGAGGUUCCCAGGCUAGGGGUCUAAUCGGAGCUGUGGCCACCAGCCUACGCCAGAGCCACAGCAACGCAGGAUCCGAGCCGCGUCUGCAAUCUAUACCACAGCUCACGGCAACACCGGAUCGUUAACCCACUGAGCAAGGGCAGGGAUCGAACCCGCAACCUCAUGGUUCCUAGUCGAAUUCGUUAACCACUGCGCCAUGAUGGGAACUCCAGAGACUGCUUUUUUAUUAGGGAAAAAUAGUCAAUUCAAAAUAAUGUUUCUAGCUGUGGAAGUGUCUCUUUCCACGUUGGGCCAAUUGCAAGGCGAAGAUAAAGUAAAACUGAGAAGAGUAUUUAAGUAUUUGUUCUCCAGCAAGAUUCACUUGAGUUUCACCUUCACUGGUGUUUUAUGCAUUUGCUCAUAAACAUUUCAUAGUUCUACUCAUUUGUAGAACUGAGAAUGUGAUGUGUUGGUUGUUUUGUGGGGAAAAGCAGUUUCAAUUUUCAGCUUACCUAAAGUGUAUAAAAUCUACUUUGUAAGAAGUGUAAAUAAAAUACAACUUUUGUGGUCUCUGUGAACAUGACUGUUCAGUAACACAGUAGGAGUUUAACUCAUAUCCUUGUACCUACAUUUGAGCAAAUGUUACCUUCUUCAAAGUCAUCACCUUGGGCAGCCAUACGUAUAUUUUUUUUAAUAACAAUGCCCUUGCUGGAGUUCCCGUCGUGGCGCAGCGGAAACAAACCUGACUAGGAACCAUGAGGUUGCCGGUUCCAUCCCUGCCCUCACUCAGUGGGUUAAGGAUCCGUUUUUGCUGUGAGCUGUGGUGUAGGUUGCAGACAAGGCUCAGAUCCUGCGUUGCUGUGGCUCUGGCGCAGGUCAGCAGCUAUAGCUCUGAUUAGACCUCUAGCUUGGGAACCUCCAUGUUCUGCUGGUGCGGCCCUUAAAAAAACAACAACAACAACAAAAAAUAGUGCCCCUGCUGAAGCUUGUGGCACUUAAGAAAAGUCUUCAAUGAUGGUAAUCGGUUUUGGCUUUUUUUUUUCCAUUGCCAAAAAAUCCAGAUCCAGACCUAGUAAAGUUUUGGUGAAAAGAGAGGAGUAUUUUCAUCUCUGGCAAACUUCCUUAUAUGACUCAUAAGUUGACUCUGAAGGCAUUGCCAUGGUUCAAAACAUGUUUUAAUUGGACCAAAAUUGCAAGUAUUAUUUUUUUAUUAAAACAUUGGAAAUGUUUUCCAAGUUUAUUUUGAAAGGCAGGGUAUAUAUUUUGGCAGUUUUUUUUUGGUUUUUGUUUUGUUUUUUUGUCUUUUUGCCAUUUCUUGGGCCAGUCCCAUGGCAUAUGGAGAUUCCCAGGCUAGGGACUGAAUCGGAGCUGUAGCUGCUGGCCUAUGCCAGAGCCACAGCAACGUGGGAUCUGAGCCGAGUCUGCAACCUACACCACAGCUCAUGGCAAUGCCGGAUCCUUAACCCACUGAGCAAGGCCAGGGAUUGAACCCGCAACCUCAUGGUUCCUAGUUGGAUUCAUUAACCACUGUGCCACAAUGGGAACUCCAAUAUUUUGGCAGUUUUUAAGAGUAGUUUCUUAAAAGGUAUAGAAGGGAGUUCCCUGGUGGCUCAUCAGGUUAAGGAUCCAGCAUUGCCACUGCUGUGGCACGGGAUUCAAACCCUGGCCGGGGAACUCGAACAUGCCUCAGGCACAGCCAAAAAAAGAAAAAAAUAGCGGGUAGAAGACCCCAAACACCAAAGUCCUAAGAAAAAUCUCAGGUGCUAGAAAUGACCCAUUGGAGUGGGAACUGGAUUAGUUAAUUCCCCUUCCACACACAUCAGAAGAGCCAAGUGGGCCCUCCUCGCCCCACCUCCUGUGAGCCCCUGUGGCUCAGAUUACAGAGCACCUGACCAUACUCUGGACCAAGCCCCAGCCUAAUAAAUCCUGCAAAAGCAUGCAAAUUCCUAGUAUAAA